UCUUUGUUUCCUGUUUGAGAGAUGGGCUUCAGACCUCCUCUUCCUCUGUCCUCUUGCUAACUGGCUAUGCCAACAAAAACAGCACCUAAGAAGGCAAAGGGCUUCAGGACUAGACAUUUUGUUGUGGAAUUUUGGCUCAGGUUUUUCAUCUAGACCAAGCAUCUAUUCCUCAGCCCCAGGGAUCAUGGCCAAAGAUGCUGGUCUGAUUGAGGCCAAUGGGGAGUUGAAGGUUUUCAUUGAUCAGAACUUGAGCCCUGGCAAAGGUGUGCUGUCUUUAGUAACAGUGCAUCCACAGUCAGUGGCUGUUGGAAAACACCUGUUGCCAAAAACACUGGGCCCUUCCAACGUGAAUAUCGCACCACACAUGGUCAUUAGCACACCUCAGAGGCCCAGUGGCUCCAAUGUAAUCCUAAUGAACAGCCCACACACACCCAGCUCUCAGUUUAUCACCCAGAGUCAACCAUCGGAAGCCUCUCCGUGGUCCUCGGGAAAGAGGGGUAAGAAGGGGGAGAAGAACGGGAAAGGCCUCAGACAUUUCUCGAUGAAGGUUUGCGAAAAGGUCCAGCGGAAGGGUGUCACAACCUACAACGAGGUUGCUGAUGAGCUUGUGGCUGAAUUCAGCUCUGGUGAUAAUCAUAUCUCCCCUAAUGAUGCGCAUGUGUAUGACCAGAAGAACAUUCGACGGCGUGUGUACGAUGCACUCAAUGUGCUGAUGGCCAUGAACAUCAUCUCCAAAGAGAAGAAAGAGAUCAAAUGGAUUGGCCUGCCUACAAAUUCUGCUCAGGAGUGCCAGAACCUGGAGGUGGAGAGGCAAAGACGUUUGGAGAGAAUCAAACAAAAACAGUCGCAACUUCAGGAACUCAUUUUACAGCAAAUUGCCUUCAAGAAGCUUGUACAGCGGAACCGCCAGAGAGAACAACAGACGAAAAGGCCCCCACUUGCCAACUCGGUCAUUCACUUGCCAUUUAUUAUCGUAAACACCAGCAAGAAAACAGUCAUUGACUGCAGCAUCUCCAAUGACAAGUUUGAGUACCUCUUCAACUUCGAUAGCAUGUUUGAGAUUCAUGAUGACAUAGAGGUGUUGAAGCGCAUGGGCAUGGCUUGUGGUCUCGAGGUGGGCAAGUGCUCUGCUGAGGACCUGAAGACUGCCAGAAGCUUGGUGCCCAAAGCACUGGAGCCCUAUGUCACAGAAAUGGCACAGGGACCUAUCAGUAAUGUCUACAUGACAGGGGAUUUUUCUGCUAAUGGAGGCCGCUAUCAUGUUGGGAGUGACGGUGGGGCAGACGGCACGAUGGCCUCUAGUUCAAAUGACUCCCACUACAGCGGCUCUCGGGUGGAGACUCCCGUCUCUUACAUGGGCGAUGACGACGAUGAUGAAUUUGACGAAAACGAUGACGAGGACUAAGCCCAGUUCUCGUUCAGCCUGUCCAUCGUGCACAAGUUCUUCCAGCUGCCAUAUCUGAGGAUUGAUCAACCACAUCGUUCUUUUUCCUCUUCUGCAACUCACCGUUUCUUUCACUCUCUGUCUGAGAAGGGCAUUGAAGAACAUGGGCUUUAAUAGGAUGAGUUGUUUUCAUCCUCGUCUUUCUGAGCUCAGGACAAGCCACAUCAUCACAGGCUGUGCGCUUUACCUGCUGGGAAUUAUAGUUUUCAGCUGAAGGACUUUGCUGAAGUUUAGAGGUGUCACUUUAUUUUCUGUCGCAGUGUUCCUACUGGAUGUUAUCCGCUCUGAUCUGCGUGACCCUCUGGAACGUUCCCUCCUGAAGAAAACACCAGCCUUGCGUGCUGUUGGAAAAUGUUGUGUGAUCUCUGUGUGAAGUAGUUCUCUUCAGUUUUUGAAUGAUCUUUUUAUUUUU